AUGAAACGUAGCUGCCGUGUUCCAAAGUCCCGUCAGAAGACAACAUUUCAAUAUCUCCAUGCUCAAGCGGGUAUUCUGCGCAAGGCCAAGUCAAUGAUCCUCGCAGUCCAGGAGACGGGAACAGUAGUCCUCCAAACUAACGGAAAUGUGUUGCCCUGUGAACCGCAUCACUGCAUGACAGAAACCAAUCCUAACAACAAAUCCUGGGACAUGCCCAAAACCCUCCAGUUGGAUAUGUCUGGAGGCCACGCCCUCAGGAUUAACGGGAAAUCCAUUCGGCUGGACGAGUGUACGGUGUAA